CGAGAGAACAUGUGUGUGUUUUAGAUGUCCCAUUGCAGGCGAUGCACAUGAUCAGCUGCUGUGGAUCCACAUCCCGAGAUUGCGCCUUACCUAGCACGCUCUCUCUCUCCGACUCGAACGCUGGACACAGCAGUGUUUGUAUCCAAAGGAGUCUUCCUACCCAAAGCACACACCACCACAGCGAUUGAGCAGAGAUGAAGCGACGGGUGACUACGGCAAGUCGUGAUGAAGGCAGCAGCAGUGCAGGCAAUGGGGCGUCCCGGGAAUCUCUUCGCAAGCUGAAACGUCUGGACAUAUACUCGCGACCAAAGCGCGAGUUUCAGCGGGCGACGGUGCACGGCGCGAUGGUGACGAUUGUGCUGGUCGGUGCAGUCUUGGUGCUGACUUGGCGGGAGCUCGUUUUCUCCAUGAAGAGGGAGACCGUCGAGAAUCUCUUCGUCAACUCGACCAUCAACCCCACCGUCAACGUCACGUUCGACGUGGUCUUCGCCCGGAUACCGUGCGGAUUUCUGUCGCUGGAUGCGGAAGACGCGCUGGGCAUACCUCAGAAGGACUUGCGUCACGACGUGACGAGGACAAGGCUAGACUCCAUUGGACGCGCUUUGGACGACGGCGAGAAGCACGAGAUGGGGAACACCCUAAAAGCGGUCAUCGCUAAGGAAGAAGAGAAGCAGGCCGAGGCCGACGCUUCCCCCGGGGAUGAAGAUCUAGACAGCAAGAGCAGAGCUGGCGAACGUGGCGAUGGCGACGUCGAACAGAGGGCACUCAAAGACACCGCCACCGCUGGCCAAGAGGAGGGGUGCAACUGCUACGGCGCCGGGGCGGAGGGGGAGUGCUGCCGGACUUGCGAGGACGUGCGAAAGGCGUAUCGCCGGAAGGGCUGGAGGCUUAACCCCGCCGAAAUUCCAGCCUGCGACGGUGAAGCGCUAAGAGCUAAUACCGCAAGCACCAUUGAGUCACCUCCCGUGGAAAACGAAGGCUGCCGGCUAGCGGGACAUCUCGAGGUGUCCAGAACACAAGGGAACUUCCACUUCGCUCCCGGGCACCGGUUGCACCGACACGCCAAUGAAUUGUCGUUCGUGGACCGGAUUCAGGUGGCGCUGGAGUCUUUCAACACUACCCACACCAUCAACACUUUGACAUUCGGAGAUCAACCCCCUCCUGGACACGCCUCCCCCAAGCACGUGGUUGCCUCGACGGUGCUUGAGGGGCACCAGAAAACCGUUCAGGACACCCACGCCAUGCACCAGUACUUCUUGCAGCUGGUGCCUACUGUUUACCGUCUGGACAACGGGGAAACCGUGCACAGCAACCAGUACUCCGCCACGGAACACCUCAAGCACGUGCACGACGGAACUUCUCGAGGGCUGCCGGGAGUGUACUUCUAUUACGAGGUUUCCCCUGUGCAGGCGUUAGUCGAGGAGAAGAGAAAAGGCUUCCUAGCAUUUCUCACGGGGGCGUGCGGGGUGGUGGGUGGGGUUUACAACAUCUUGGGGUUGGUGAACACGGGGAUAGACGGCUUGCUGGGCAUCGGGAAGGCGCACCGAUCGAGAUAGCAUCAGCACCCGUUGUAUGGAGAUAGCUGGGAGUAUUUAUUUGGGACAGCGAAGAUUCAAGGUUGGUUGAUUCCGCUGGUUUUGUCGCCCCUCGUGGCGUCCACAUGACAAUCAUCGUAGUUAUCUGUCGUUGAUCCCAGAGUUUUUCCUUUUGCCUUGUUCAGGAAAACAACUCGACAAGGCAGCGCCAUGUCUUCUUUCGUUUUUUCCGUCAUUUACUUCAUACCCGUUGAGUGACGUACCACUACUGUCUUUUUCAGUAUAUCCGCUUCUGAUGCUGCCUAGCCGUUUUUUCUUUAAGGAGGGGG